UGGAUAUGCUAUAUUUUGAUAAAAUAUCAGAGCUUACGGAGACGUGGCAAACAAUUGCCGACAUAUUUCAAUGACAUAUUUUUCCUGCGAUACUUGAAACUGAUCAGGUUAUUGAACAACCCGAAUGUGUCUACUCUAUGCAUUUUAUUCCAAGCCAUAAAUGGAGUUUGUAAAAUGUUCUACAAAGAAGGAAUGUUUGCAGUCUGGCUGCCUUUCAGGCCGUAUGUGGUGAUUCACAAUGCAGAUUGGAUUAAGAUGGUAAUUAACCAUCCCGACGCAUUGGAUAAAGCAGCUCCUUACAGUUUGAUGACUUGCUUAUUUGGUGAUGGAUUACUUUUAAGCAACGGGAAAAAAUGGUUUCAUCGUCGUAAGCAAAUCACACCAGCGUUUCACAUGGAAAUUCUCAAAAGUUACGUGACUAUUUUCAACGAACAAUCAGAAUCCGCAGUUUCGAGAUUGAAAGAUUUGAUUCAUCAACCAUGGGUCAACAUUGAUAAAUUGCUCUCGCAGUGCUCGCUUGGAAUACUUUGUGAUUCUGCGAUGGGUUACAAGUUGGAUUUUCGCACGAUAAAUAAAGAUGCUGAAAAUUACUUGCAUAUGCUUCAUAAUUGCGCGGAGGUUGUCAUCCAUAGAGUUUUAAGGCCUUGGACUCAGAAUGACGCAGUAUUUUUCAACUGUUUUUCAGCAGGAAGAAGAUUUGUCAAAAUUAUACAUCCUAUGAAAUCCUUCACGAAAAAGGUAAUUGAAGACAAGAAGACUUCUGUAAUGAAGGAUAAAAACCUGAGCUUACCAACGGAUAUUAACGAUAACUUCAAGCCUGCAAAAUACAAAAAGGCAUUUUUAGAAAUGAUGAUUAAUUACCAUUUAAAAGACUCAUCAUUCACAUUAGAUGAUAUUCAAGAGGAAGUUGAUACGUUUAUGGCUGCGGGUCAUGAUACAACAGCUCUUACUGUGAGAUGGGCUAUUUAUUUGCUGGGAUUGCAUCAGGAUGUGCAAGAAAAAGUAGUUCUGGAACAGAAGUCUUUGUUUGGGGAUGAUCCACACCGAGUAGUAACGUUUGACGACAUCUGCAACAUGAAAUACACUGAGUGUGUCAUAAAGGUAAUUGAAGACAAGAAGACUUCUGUAAUGAAGGAUAAAAACCUGAGCUUACCAACGGAUAUUAACGAUAACUUCAAGCCUGGAAAAUACAAAAAGGCAUUUUUAGAAAUGAUGAUUAAUUACCAUUUAAAAGACUCAUCAUUCACAUUAGAUGAUAUUCAAGAGGAAGUUGAUACGUUUAUGGCUGCGGGUCACGAUACUACAGCUCUUACUGUGAGAUGGGCUAUUUAUUUGCUGGGAUUGCAUCAGGAUGUGCAAGAAAAAGUAGUUCUGGAACAGAAGUCUUUGUUUGGGGAUGAUCCACACCGAGUAGUGACGUUUGACGACAUCUGCAACAUGAAAUACACUGAGUGUGUCAUAAAGGAAACGCUGAGACUUUUCCCACCACUUCCAAUUGUCGCAAGAGAAGCAUUAAAAGACAUCCAGAUAGGUCCUUAUACCAUACCGAAAAGUUCCUACAUUGCCAUGAAUAUGUUUAUGCUGCACAGAGAUCCGAAAAUAUUUCCCGAACCAGAGAAAUACAAGCCAGAAAGAUUUCUCACCGAAAAUUCACUUGACAGACACCCAUACGCUUUUCUACCUUUCUCGGCUGGACCCAGAAAUUGCAUUGGUCAGAAAUUUGCUAUGAUGUCUAUUAAAGUUCAAUUGAGCCACUUACUAAGGAACUUUAGGAUAACGUCACUGGACCCUAGGGAUGAAGUGAAUUUGAACUGGGAAUUAACGCUAAUAAAUGCCAAGCCAAUACGAGUUAAAUUUACACCUCGGUGAAAAAUGAAUAGCGCUGUUUAAAAACAACAAAUAAAGAUGCCAUUUAACUUUUCAUAGUUUAUUUGACUUAGAAACAAAAAAUGUUGCAUUGUUUGUUUGACCAUUUUCAUGUAUUAUACACUUUCAUUUUACCUCUAUCACUUGUUUUGUAUGUGGAAGCCAACAACCAUGUUUAUUACGUUAUGUAGGGGAGGGUGGCCCAAAGCGGGUAGGCCUUCGUAUGCCUCCCCCCAUGGUGUGUAAGCGGUGAUGCAUACGUAUGUCGUGUUUUCACGAACACCCCCGAGUUUUAAUCAGUUCCCCCCAAGCUGCAGUGAAGCGACAUGGCGCAACCAGGCUUAAAAUUAAAAAAAGUAUAUAUGAUACAUUUCUAAAAAAAUGAACUUUUGUAACUUGUGAUUAGUUGAAAACCAGCUUAUUUUUUAGAUUGUCAAUAAUAUUACAUUAUUCUGACACCAUCUAUCUACAAACUACGAUAUUCAUUUCGUUUGUUUCUUGUUUAAGCUUAGGAUUAUAAUUAUUGAAAUAAAAAAUGUGCUUUCGGGCAAAGCGGUUAUAGGAUUUAAUCAUAUAUAAAUUUAUAAUUUCUUGACUCGUUAGCUGACUUACAUUUUCUAUCUCAGUAGGAUAAGUAUAACCUUAAAAAGCUAUUUUUUACGAUGGCACUUAAUUUGUCUAUUGAUUUAAUCAUUUAUUUCUUUAUAUGUUUUAUAAACAAAUGUGCUGACUUUAAAUUGGAUAAGUACAACCUAUAUACAAAUAUAUUUUAUUAUGGCAGGUAGCUAGUCAAUUAUUUUAAUCAUUUAUAACUUCAUAUUUGAUUGGCAAAUGUACCUAAUCACUAUUAAUUAAGCUUACCCGCUUUGGGCUGCCUGAUAGGGCAAAGCGAAUUUUUCAAAUGUUCGUAAAGUUUGAUAAUAAAUAACUAUUGGGUUUGAAAUAAUACAAAAAUCACUUUUAAUUUUGAAGUUCAUGAACCCUGCUAGGAAAUGAAACCGAAAUUGUGGCGAUAAAAAUCCAAAAACUACAAUUUUUGAGCGUUUUUCGAAAACCUUCCCGCUUUGGGCCACCCUUCCCUAUGUAUCAAGGCAUUUCAUGGGCUCGUUUCUUUUUCAAGUUUGAAAAAACUGUAACUGAG